CACAGACCAGAGCAGAACCCCCCCUCUCUCUCUCUUCAAUCUUCAUCAGUUACAUAAAGAAGCACAAUAAGCAUAUAUAUAGAUAAAGCUAUAAUCCUUUCAGUUUUCUAAAUCCUCCUUCCUGACCAUUUCUUCUCUCUCUCUCUCUCUCAAUGGUUAAACAAACACGAAAAAACCAUUGGAAAAACAGACUACAUUCCGAAGGGAAACGAUGACGCCCAGAGCGAUUCCAUCAUCACAGCAACAAUGGCGGCGGCUCGUUCAAAUCGAUCGCCAACCCACGUCUUAAAACCCCAAAAUAACCCGCCUGAACCUCACUAACCGGCGCCCGAACCCUGCCGUACUCAUUGUUUACCGGCGACUUUUGUAAAGGGGAAAGGGGAUGGCUGCGGAGAUGAGAUGAAGAAGUGUUGUGCCGUACAAUGGAAGCCCUAGGGGAUAACUGGACAAGAAUGGGGCAAGGGCAGUAUUGUUAUUUCACCUGGAAGGCUGUGGGGUACAGAGACCAAAACGACAUCGUUUCGGCUAACUUUUUUGAAAACAAGAAAGGUUCAGAUAUCUGGAACCAGACUUCCUUUUGAACCAAAAAAAAAGAAUUUUAAGAAAAAGGGGAACGACCCUGUACUGUCCCCUCGAGCCGGCCCAGAAACAAAGAGAGAAGAAAAGAUUCGAAACCCAAUCCUCAAGCACAAGCUAUAAAUAAACGGCCAUUCUCUCUUGGUUGGUUGGUUGGUUUUAGUGAUAAGCCAAGAAUGGCCACUCUCUUCUCUCUCUCUCCAUCUCCUCCAUUUUCUUCUUUCCUUUCACCUGUUGUAAAGACCCCAUCAUUCCAAAAAAGACCCCAAAAAACCCUCCACUGCACUGCAAGACCCCUCUCCGUAACCUCCAAUAUCCUCUCACCUGAACCCGACCCACUGCCGCCGGCCGUCCAAACCUUCUGGAAAUGGGUCUCCGGCGAAGGCCUCAUAUCCUCCAAAAAGUGUCCGGUGAAGCCGGCUAUCGUGCCGGAAGGCCUGGGACUGGUGGCUCAGAGGGACAUUGGGAGAAACGAGGUCGUUUUGGAGGUGCCCAAGAAGUUCUGGAUAAACCCGGAUACGGUAUCGGCUUCAGAAGUUGGGAGUGUGUGUGGUGGGUUGAAGCCUUGGAUUUCUGUCGCCCUGUUUCUCAUCAGAGAGAAGAAAUUGAGGGAGGAGUCUAUGUGGCGGUAUUACCUUGAUAUUCUUCCCCAGUUCACUGAUUCUACUAUAUAUUGGUCAGAAGAGGAGCUCUCUGAAAUUCAAGGAACUCAGUUAUUAAGCACGACAAUUGGUGUGAAAGAAUAUGUGCAGAGUGAAUUUGAAAAGGUGGAAGAAGAAGUCAUACUUCCUCACAAGAAGCUUUUCCCCUUCCCUAUAACAUGUGAUGAUUUUCUGUGGGCAUUUGGGAUUCUCAGGUCAAGAGCAUUUUCUCGCCUUCGUGGACAAAAUCUUGUUUUGAUCCCUAUCGCAGACUUGAUAAACCACAACCCCAGCAUAACAACAGAGGAAUAUGCAUGGGAAAUCAAAGGAGGUGGACUUUUCUCUAGGGACGUUCUAUUUUCUUUACGGUCCCCAGUAUCAGUGAAGGCUGGUGAGCAGGUAAUGAUACAAUACGAUCUCGACAAGAGCAAUGCUGAGUUGGCUCUGGAUUACGGAUUCAUAGAAUCAAGGCCAGAGCGCAAUGCAUAUACCUUAACACUACAAAUAUCUGAAUCAGACGAGUUUUUUGGGGACAAGCUGGACAUCGCUGAAUCAAAUGAUCUAGGUGAAACUGCUUACUUUGACAUCACUUUAGGCCAGUCUCUUCCACCCAAGAUGAUUCCAUAUCUACGGCUGGUAGCACUUAGGGGAACGGAUGCUUUUCUCCUAGAAUCGAUAUUCAGAAAUGCUGUUUGGGGCCACCUUGAAUUGCCCAUAAGUCAUGCCAAUGAAGAGCUCAUAUGCCAAGUUGUCCGAGCUGCUUGCAGCUCUGCUCUCUCUGGCUAUCAUACCACCAUUGAAGAGGAUGAGAAAUUGAUGGAAGGUUGGAAUCUUGACCGAAGGCUUCAGAUAGCAGUUGGGAAUCGAGCAGGAGAGAAGAAGGUGCUGCAACAAAUAGAUGGAAUAUUCAAGGAGAGGGAAUUAGAACUGAAUGAGUUGGAAUAUUACCAAGAAAGGAGGCUCAAGGAUCUUGGCCUAGUUGGGGAGCAAGGUGAUAUAAUAUUCUGGGAGCCGAAGUAGGAUAUCUUUCGACGUUUCAGACCUGUUCCUGGUUAAAAAGGGAGUGAUUAAAACUCAGAAUGCAACUCUUUAAGGUAGAAAGUGGAUCUUUCAAGGCCUGGAGAAAAAGUAACAGCUGAUGAACAUCCCAAUCAGAUUAUCUCCAAGGUUCAGAUGUGGCUCCGGCUUAGUUACAUUUUUGGAAAGCGGCAAUUUCACUCGUGCUUUGAGCGUAAACUGGGGAUGUCCUUUUGCGUUUCAGCGGUAAAGAAACGAAGGACAAGGAACUUAUAAGCACGUAUGUGACUCAAAGCAUUUGGAUUUUCCUUUAUUUCUGUACCAGCUUUGCAUUUUACAAAAUCUGUCAGAUUGCCAUGUUUAGAUUCUUGCAAGGGUAUCACGGAUCAAGAUGCCCUCGUGUGAUUCAAGCUGUUCAUUUUUUGAUAAUCCAAGCUACAACUGUUAGGGUUCAAA